AUGGCCAACAAUCUCGACAGCUACAUAUCCGAUCGCGGCGGCAUAGCCAAACUCCCAGAAGAUGGCACCACGGCACCCAGAGUACGACUUCUCAAAGACGCCAUUGAGAAGGCAGAUUACUUCUACAUAGUGCUUCACCAAAUUCUUUGUCUAUGGACGCUUGACACCAAAGCCGCACACAAUCUCCUUGGUCUUCCUCCUGACGUGACGGAGAGCGCGCUCGGUAUUGUGCAGAAUGUCCUUCGGAAGAACGAAAAUAUGGGACAGGACACGAUUUUCUUCUUCGCAAACUUUCCAGCUAGUAGUGCUUCUGGGCUUUGGCAUACCGAAGCCUACCGCAACCACAUUGGGGAGAUCUCCAGGUUCCUCAACAACCUCCACGAACAGUGGAACAGAAUUUUGGUUCCUGCCAUGCGACCUCACUCAGGUCGAGGUUAUCCUAUCUUGGCAGACGAAUUGCGCUAUCAGCUCAAACUUCGGUCUCCGAUUCUAGAGACAAUCUUCUUCACCGUCACUAGGAGACAUACUGGUGUCCCAGACGGCCCCAUUGCCGAUCAGAUGAAUGCGCUAUUCCGACAAGAUUCCCAGAAUGACCAAACACAGAUGUCCGAUGAGGAGCAAAGAGUGUUCCAACGCUCGCUAAUCUCGCGGUACAAAACCUUGGUCAGUCAAAGUCAACAGCAGCAGCAGCAGCAGCAACGGCGAAUAGCACAGCAACAGCAGCACCCGCAGCAGCACCCGCAGCAGCACCACCAACAGCAACAGGACAUCGCCAGAGCAACUGCCAGAGCACAACAGCAGCAACAGCAACAGUAUCAACAUCAACAAAUGCAUCAACACCAGCAAGCUCACCUGCAACAUCAACAGGACUACGCCAGAGCAGCCGCCAUAGCACAACAGCAAACCGCAAUCGGCAAUCUCAGAAGGAUGUCUGCGAACUUCUCCCCAGCACAAGUUAUCAACUUCUCCAACAAGCCCGCGAUGCGGAGCAAAGGCGUGCCAGGUCCCGGCAACUGGAUACUGCCCAGAACCAAGCCCAGGCUAUUACGCAGCUGCAAACUACGAGCGUGGCCCCGCCUAGAGUUCAACCCCUUCACCAUCACCACCACCAUCACUCCUCUUCACGGCCCCAAGGAAUGCAACAGGGGCCAUCUCGUGGAGCGUCUGUGCGCACACCACAAAUGCAGCAGCUGCCUUCGCCUCAAACUGUCGCUUCUACUUCGCAUGCGAGCCCAAGAGGUUUGGGAAUCACUCAGGCAGCUCCGAGAAUCGCACUUCACCAAGUUCAACUACGGAGUCCAAGAAGAGUACCGCGAGAGUUACCCAGGUCCUAUCGCAACACCAGCCAAAAACUGCGUACACCGUCUUGCCUUUGUGGUGCCCGACGAACACUUCAACAAGCUCUGCCCGACAAGCAACUUGUUAGGCGACUGUGUCCCAGUCUCGGAGUACUUUGAAGGGUCCCUACGAUACCGUCUUCGUCUCUGCGAGUUGCCAGUCAGCCCGGAUGAACCGGCAAACAUCUCAGAAUCUGUUUGGGCAGUAGCGCAAUCCUACUGGCCUGAACAUAUUGCCAUUAUGGUCAAUGACAAUGUCGUUGCGGUCCGCCGAAAGCAGCAUAACGGGCAGCAUUUGCCUGUGGAACUCACUCCAUAUAUACUACCUGGCACAAAUUCGAUAUCUGUCAGUAUCAGCCCCAAGCCCGCGGCUCAAAAGCCAAACAUGAUGUAUUUCAUGGCUGUUGAGGUGGUUGAGACGCUGAGUCACGACAACAUUGUCAAUAUGGUUAUGAGCCAGGGCACCAUCUCGGCGGACACGACAAAGCAGGUUAUCCGGAGCCGUCUGGAACCAGUGUCUUCCGAUGGGGAUGAUGAGCUAGUUGUGGUUGGCAGCGAUCUCAGCAUUGAUUUAGCCGACCCUUUUAGCGCCACGAUAUUCAAAAUACCAGCGCGCGGUGUUAGCUGCACGCACAUGGAGUGCUUUGACCUGAUCAACUGGCUAGAAACCCGACCGGUCAAGCCUCGGUGUACCGCGCACGGGGCUGGCGAUGCAUGCCGCAUUUGUCAUCGCGGUACCGAAGGGAGACCUGAGCCUUCCUUGGUUGACAAGUGGAAGUGUCCUCUUUGUGACGGGGAUGCUCGCCCGUACAGUCUUCGAGUUGAUAGGUUCAUGGAAGACGUCCGCAAGAGCCUCGAGGCUGAGGGCAAACUUCAUACGAAGACCAUUUAUGUUAGGGCUGACGGGAUGUGGAAAGCCAAGGAAGAGGAGGCUGAUGACGACGAGGAAGAGAAUGUAGAAAAUAGGCAGCCGCCAGCCAAGCGGGCCAAGACACGGCCGUCGAUACCGGAGCCAGAGAUCAUUGAGCUGGACUAA